AUGGUUUCUCCCAUUCUGAAGAUUGGAGUUGACGUCGGCGGGACAAAUACGGACGGCGUCAUCCUCGACCCAACAGCCUCUUCAUCCCCGAAACGCGGCAUCCUUGCCUCCCACAAGGCCAGUACAACCGCUAAUCCCAGCGAUGGCAUCAACACAGUCAUCUCUCAAAUGUUCCAAGACUCCUCUGUCAACCCCGCAAGCGUCGCGAGCGUUACCAUUGGAACGACACAUUUUAUCAAUGCCGUGGUCGAGAUGGACGCCUCUCGCCUUGCGCGUGUGGCUGUUGUACGUCUUUGCGGCCCCUUUUCGUCGAGUAUUCCUGUUGGAGUCGAUUGGCCUCCACACUUAAGAGAAAUCAUCUGUGCUCAUCGCGGGUUGGUCGAUGGUGGGCUUGAGAUUGACGGAAGUCUCAUUUCUGAGCUGGACGAAGACGGUGUGCGACGGGAAGCCAAGACGAUCAAAGCCAAGGGCAUCCGAAGCAUUGUCGUCGUGGGCAUCUUUAGCCCCAUCGACGUCGUAUACAGACAAGAAGAGAGGGCGGCCGAGAUCAUCCACGAAAUCUACCCGUCCGCCGAUGUCGUCAUGUCCAAGGAUGUGGCCAACAUGGGUUUCCUCGAGCGUGAAAACGCGGCGAUCCUGAACGCUUCAAUCCUCCCCUUCGCCCGCCGUACCAUUCACUCUUUCCAGGACGCUGUCACUCGCCUCGGCCUGAAGUGCCCCGUCUUUGUCACCCAGAACGACGGAACGAUCCUGCCUGCUAGCGCAGCAGCAAAACUACCAAUCAGGACGUUCUCGAGUGGCCCGACGAAUAGCAUGCGCGGCGCAGCGUUCUUGACGAAGAAUCUCGAAAAGGAGGCAAUGAUGGUCGUGGACAUCGGCGGGACGACAACAGAUGUGGGUCUGCUGUUAGAAAAUGGGUUUCCGAGGCAGGCUGCAGCGUAUAGUGAGAUUUCAGGGGUGAGAACGAACUUCUCGUACCCUGAUGUGAAGAGCAUCGGGCUCGGAGGGGGUUCCAUCGUCCGGAGGGAGAAUGGCGGCUUGGUGGUCGGGCCCCAGAGUGUGGGAUACCAGAUCCGGCAGAAGGCAUUGGUAUUUGGGGGCAACAUCGCGACCACGACAGAUUACACUGUCCUGGCAGACCCCAAAAUAGAUAUCGGAGACCGGUCUGUGGUGGAGACCUCCAGUCUUCGAGAAGACCUCCCCGAGUUCAAGGCCAAGGUCAAGGAGAUGCUGGAACGGAUCAUUGAUACAAUGAAAACGUCCCCGGAAGACAUCCCCGUCGUGCUUGUCGGGGGAGGCGCAGUGAUAGCGCCGGAUACGCUGGCCGGCGCAAGCAGGGUUAUCAAGCCAGAAUGGUCUGGUGUGGCUAACGCCAUUGGCGCCGCGACGGCUAGAGUCAGUGGUGUAAUCGACUCGAUUGAGAGUACGGAGACGAAAAGUUCGGCGGAGGUCAUUAAGGAGCUGUCGCAAAGAGCCGUCGAUAAGGCAGUCGAGAACGGGGCUACGAGGGAAACCGUCACCGUUGCGGAGAUUGAGAGCUUACCACUCCAGUACAUCGCCAACAAGGCGCGCAUAAUCAUCAAGGCCGUGGGCGACUUUGACUUUUCUAGGACCGGAUCCGCAGACGCAACUCAGAUUCUCGACGCGGUUGACGAGUACACGGAUGGGAAUGGCCCCGCUGACGACAGACAAGCCAAAGGCGGUAGCGACGAUACCAAGUUGGCAUCCCAAGCCAUGACUUACUCAAAGGAGUAUAUAGACACCUACAGACCCAAGGUCAUUGAUCGCCAGUGGCAUCUCUCGGAAACCGACCUCGAUUGGAUCACGAUAGGCUGCUACAUCCUCGGCACGGGUGGUGGUGGGUCUCCGUACCAGCAUAUGCUUAGACUUCGAGAGAUGAUGCGCGCCGGAGCGACCGUUCGGAUCAUCUCGCCCUUUGACCUAAGAGACGAUGAUAUCGUGGCUUGUGGUGGCGGAAAGGGUUCUCCGCAGGUGUCGAUUGAGAAGCCAUAUGGCGACGAAAUUAUGGAGUCGCAGAGAGAACUCUACAAGUAUCUUGGAACGAAACCUACCGCCGUCAUCUCCCUCGAGAUCGGAGGCGGUAAUGGCCUUCAAGGGUUAAUCCUCGGCGCAAGCACAAACCUCGACAUACCCGCUAUCGAUGGAGACUGGAUGGGCAGAGCAUACCCCAUAUCUCAUCAGACCACGCCGGUGGUAUUCGAAAAGAAGGCGACAAUGAUCCCAUCAUGCAUCUCCGACGGCAAUGGCAGAAUUAUGCUCAUGACAAAAGCCCGCACAGAGCUCGACGCAGAACGGGCUUUCCGCGCCGCCCUCUCGCAAAUGGGCUCCCACGUCGGCUGCGCAAAGGGCCCCGUCAGCGGCCGCGAUACCAAGUCCUGGGUCGUCGAGAACACGGUAUCUCUUUCCUGGCGCAUUGGCCGUGCAGUAGCGCUGUCGCGGUGCACGAAUACCAUCGACUCUGUUGCCGAAGCCAUCGUUGACGAAGUUGGCGGGGCGGGGUCGGCGAGGGUGUUGUUCAGGGGUAAAAUUGUGGGCGUCGAAAGAGUUACGAGGAUGGGACACGCCUAUGGCGAAGUCAUCAUCGAGAAUAGCACGUCGUCUGACAGGGAAAACGGCCGCGAAAAGACGGUUGAGAGGUUGAAAAUCCCGUUCAAGAAUGAGAAUAUUCUUGCGAAGAAGAUUCAUGGUGAUGGAAAGGAGGAGAUUCUAACAAUUGUGCCGGAUCUCGUCUGCGUUAUUGACGCACAAAAUGGCGAAGCCAUUGGCACGCAAGAGUACCGGUACGGCCUUCUUGUUAUUGUGCUCGGCAUCACGGCAUCGGAGAAGUGGACCUCGACGGCGCGGGGCAUUGAGAUUGGCGGGCCGAAAGGAUUCGGCAUGGAUGAUCUGGAAUAUGUGCCGCUCGGGACAUUCAAGAAGCCCAGAAGCGUCAUCGAGGAGUUUGGGGUAUAA